AUGAAUCGCACGCUGGUCGAGUGUGCGCGUUGCAUGAUGGAACACGCUGGACUGGGAAAGAGCUACUGGGGUGAAGCAGUGAUGACGGCGAUGUUUCUUCGAAACCGCUGUCCAACACGUGCCAUUCACCAAGACAAGUCUCCAUAUCAAGUGUGGACGAUGAAGAAACCGAUUCUGGCCAACCUUAAAGUGUUUGGAUGCCACGCGUAUGUUCAAGUGCCUCAAGACAAACGCGCGAAGUUCGACUCCAAGUCAUCACUCUGUCGUUUCCUGGGAUACGCCGAACACCAGAAGUCAUAUCGAUUUGAGGAAGUGUCAACAGGAGCGAUCAAGAUCAGUCGCGAUGCCACAUUCAUGGAAGACAAGUUUGAUGAAGGUCCGCGCAACUACAACGAUGAGUCAAGUGUCGUUGAGUUUGAUGAUCAUGAUGAGGACGAAGAAAAAGAAGAAGGUAAAACUGACGACGACAUGGACUCGAGCGACGAUGACAACGAAGACACCAGGUCUUCAAAGAGCAACAUCAAGAGACACACGCGCACUCAAUCACUUGAGAAAGCUACCGUCAUUCCAAGUCCCAAGCGAAGAACAUACAGAGGUCCGUCGCUUGAGCAUGUGUCAGCGGCUGCAAUGGAUUUUGAAGCAGCCUACAUCGUUGAUUCAGUGGGGGAAACGCCGACUACAUUCAAGUCGGCGAUGGAAUCAAGCGACUCCGGCAAGUGGAAAGAAGCGUGUGACUCGGAGUUCGAUUCGCUUCAGAGAAACAACACGUGGGAAAUCAUGCCUCUUCCGAAAGGUAGCAAGGCCAUCGGGUGCCGAUGGGUUUUUCGUGUAAAGGAGAAUCAAGAUGGCGAAGUUGAACGUUUCAAGGCAAGACUUGUGGCCAAAGGAUUCUCACAGAAAUUCGGAGUUGACUAUGAAGAAACUUUCGCACCGGUGGCCAAGUUCACAUCGAUUCGUGUGGUGCUCAGUAUGGCCGCUAAGUACGGCCUAAUGCUACAUCAGAUGGACGUCAAGACAGCGUUUCUUAACGGCUCCCUCAACGAAGACAUCUACAUGGACCAGCCGGACGGAUACCUGGAUGCAACACAGCCGGACUAUGUGUGCAAGCUAAAGAGAUCACUCUACGGCUUGAAGCAAUCGCCUCGCAUGUGGAACCAAACAAUCGAUGGGUUCAUGAUCAAGAUGGGAUUCAAGAAGUGCGAAUCGGACCACUGCAUCUACAUCAAGCGAGACGACCAAGACAUGAUUCUCGUGGUGCUCUACGUCGAUGAUCUCAUCCUGGCCAGCAGCAACAACGAACUCCUCAAGUCAACCAAGAUGGCGCUGAGCAAACGCUUCGAAAUGACGGAUCUCGGUGAGCUCGAUUACUUUCUCGGCAUGGAGAUCAAGAACGACCGUAAGACGGGAAUGGUGACUGUACAACAAACCAAGUUUCUCAAGUCCGUGUUAACCAAGUUCGGAAUGGAUAACAGCAAGCCAGUGAAGACGCCUCAAGAUCCCGGCCUGAAGCUAACCAAGAACAUGUGUGAACAAGAAUGCAAGCACGAAGACACCAUGUGCAACGUGCCAUAUCGAAGUGCUGUCGGAGGCAUCAUGUAUCUCAUGGUCGCCACACGUCCGGAUCUAGCUGCUGCAGUGGGAUCAUUAUCCCAGUUCUCGUCCGACCCAUGCCCGACUCACUGGCAAGCUUUGAAGCGUGUGCUGAGAUACCUGCAAGCAACGCCCAAUCAUGGUCUUGAGUUUACACGUGAAGAAGGAAGCCGUAUCUGCGGGUACACCGACGCAGACUGGGCCGGCGACAUUGAGUCAAGACGAAGUACAAGCGGCUAUGUGUUCAUGAUGAGCGGAGGAUGCAUCAGCUGGAAAAGCCAGAAACAACGGACGGUCGCGCUAUCUUCAACAGAAGCAGAAUACAUGGCGCUUUCCGAAGCAACCAAAGAAGCAGUAUGGCUCAAAGUGCUUUUGGGGGAACUUGGUGAGAUGACAAGUGACGAAGCGAUCAAGAUGUAUGAAGACAACCAAGGAUCAAUCGCUCUCGCCAAGAACCCGGAGUUCCAUAAGAGAACAAAACACAUCGACAUACGCUACCAUUUUGUGCGUGAGAAGGUGGAAUCAGGUGAAGUCGUUUGGAGUAUUGCCCGACUCAAGAUAUGCUGGCAGACAUGA